AUGGCUGAGAACGGAACGUUUGUCAACGGAGAGCGACUCAAUUACCUUGUAAAGCGUCCCAUUGCCCACGUCAGCGUCGUCGCCCUCUGUUCCAUGGACAGUGCAGCAAGCUUCACGUUCUACGAUAACUACCACCGCUUUUCCGACUUCAACUUGAUACUGAAUAACAGAUAUGUUGUCAUUAAUGUUUUGGCGAACGGGUCCUUUGGUCAAGUGUAUCAUGCAAUCAGCAAGCUCGACCACACCAUUGUAGCCGUCAAAACUGUUCAAUCCACCACAACGAGGGGAACGUUUACGAUGGCAUCCGUUGACCCAGGCGGCAUGGAAGCUCUUAGAAACGAAAUUUGUAUUUUGUCGACAACAGACCAUCCUUGUAUUAUCAAGAUGGUUGAUUCUUCGUCUGACGUGACUUCAAACAAGAUGUUUCUCGUCUUGGAAUUGGCUAACGGCGGUGACUUGCAGCAGAGAAUGCACGACGUCGGUCACUUGUUGGAGCUGAUCUCCCGGUUCUUGUUCAUUCAGCUGGUCUCGGCCAUCAAUUACUGUCAUGGCCGCUCACCGCCCAUUGUCCACAGCGACCUCAACCCCGCCAAUAUAUUGCUGGCGGACGCUGGCGAGUUUGCCAGAGUGAGGACUACGUAA